ACAACUUCAGCUCCUACGACAACCACAACAACAGCACCUCCAACAACUCCCACAACAACUGCAGCUCCUACAACAGCUUUAGCAUCUACGACAACCACCGCAGCCUUAACUACAUUAACUGCUGCUCCUACGACCACUGUAACUCCACAACCUACUACAACAACUACAACUUCAGCUCCUACGACAACCACAACAACAGCACCUACUACAACACCUGUAGUUCCUACAACCACUCCACCUGCUGUACUUACUACAACAAUCACAACUACAGCUCCUGAUACAACAACAUUAACUUCUACGUCAACCACAGCAGCUCCCUCUGCGACAACCACUGCAGCUCUAACUACAACAACUGCUGCUCCAACGACCACUACAACUCCAGAACCUAUUACGACAACCACUGCAGCUCCUGCUACAACAACUACAACUUCAGCUCCUACGACAACCACAACAACAGCACCUCCAACAACUGUAGCUCCCACGAUAACUGCAGCUCCUACAACAGCUUUAGCAUCUACGACAACCACUGCAGCCCUAACAACAACAACUGCUGCUCCUAUGACCACUACAGCUCCAGAACCUAUUACGACAACCACUGCAGCUCCUGCUACAACAACUACAACUUCAGCUCCUACGACAACCACAACAACAGCACCUCCAACAACUCCCACAACAACUGCAGCUCCUACAACAGCUUUAGCAUCUACGACAACCACUGCAGCCCUAACUACAACAACUGCAGCUCCUGCUACAACAACUACAACUUCAGCUCCUACGACAACCACAACAACAGCACCUCCAACAACUCCCACAACAACUGCAGCUCCUACAAAAGCUUUAGCAUCUACGAUAACCACUGCAGCCUUAACUACAACAACUGAUGCUCCUACGACCACUGUAACUCCACAACCUACUACGACAACCACAGCUGCCUCUGCGACAACCACUGCAGCUCUAACUACAACAACUGCUGCUCCAACGACCACUACAACUCCAGAACCUAUUACGACAACCACUGCAGCUCCUGCUACAACUACAACUUCAGCUCCUACGACAACCACAACAACAGCACCUCCAACAACUGUAGCUCCCACGAUAACUGCAGCUCCUACAACAGCUUUAGCAUCUACGACAACCACUGUAGCCCUAACUACAACAGCACCUACAUCAACUGUAGCUCCCACAACAACUGCAGCUCCUACAACAGCUUUAGCAUCUACGACAACCACUGCAGCCCUAACUACAACAACUGCUGCUCCUACGACCACUGUAAAUCCACAACCUACUACGACAACCAGUGCAGCUCCUACUACAACAACUGCUGUUCUAACGACCACAGUGACUGCAGCACCUUCUACAAUAACUACAACUUCAGCUCCAAUGACAACCACAACAACAGCACCUACAUCAACUGUAGCUCCCACGACAACUGCAGCUCCUACAACAGCUUUAGCAUCUACGACAACCACUGUAGCCCUAACUACAACAACUACAGCUCCUGAUACAACAACUUUAACUUCUACGUCAACCACAGCAGCUGCCUCUGCGACAACCACUGCAGCUCUAACUACAACAACUGCUGCUCCAACGACCACUACAACUCCAGAACCUAUUACGACAACCACUGCAGCUCCUGCUACAACAACUACAACUUCAGCUCCUACGACAACCACAACAACAGCACCUCCAACAACUGUAGCUCCCACGAUAACUGCAGCUCCUACAACAGCUUUAGCAUCUACGACAACCACUGCAGCCCUAACUACAACAACUGCUGCUCCUACGACCACUGUAACUCCACAACCUACUACAACAACUACAACUUCAGCUCCUACGACAACCACAACAGCUGCCUCUGCGACAACCACUGCAGCUCUAACUACAACAACUGCUGCUCCAACGACCACUACAACUCCAGAACCUAUUACGACAACCACUGCAGCUCCUGCUACAACAACUACAACUUCAGCUCCUACGACAACCACAACAACAGCACCUCCAACAACUCCCACAACAACUGCAGCUCCUACAACAGCUUUAGCAUCUACGACAACCACUGCAGCCUUAACUACAACAACUGCUGCUCCUACGACCACUGCAACUCCACAACCUACUACAACAACUACAACUUCAGCUCCUACGACAACCACAACAACAGCACCUACUACAACACCUGUAGUUCCUACAACCACUCCACCUGCUGUACUUACUACAACAAUCACAACUACAGCUCCUGAUACAACAACUUUAACUUCUACGUCAACCACAGCAGCUGCCUCUGCGACAACCACUGCAGCUCUAACUACAACAACUGCUGCUCCAACGACCACUACAACUCCAGAACCUAUUACGACAACCACUGCAGCUCCUGCUACAACAACUACAACUUCAGCUCCUACGACAACC